CACAUUCUGCUUAAAGGGCGAUGACCUGUGGAAAACACACUUGUGAAGCUGGUAUAAGGCCCAGAGGUUCCACAGCACCUGACCCACCCACCACCACCACCCCAGGGUGUUUGUCCUGAGAGCUGGGAGCAGACGGGGAGAGACGGUAGAGAAUCCACGGCUGACAGAGGAUAAACGAGCAGCAAGGCACCGUCAGGAAACAAAAAGGAUAGCUGGAGGAGAACGAGGGCACGCCGAGCUACAGGAGAAGCCACACAGCCAGCAGGAGUUGUCUAAAGGAGGAGUGUUGACGUCUAACCGAAGAUGAGUACGUACACAGUGAGUCUGAAUGGCCCUGCUCCAUGGGGCUUCAGACUACAGGGAGGAAAAGACUUCAACAUGCCACUCACCAUCUCCAGGAUAACCCCGGGGAGCAAGGCGGUGGGCGCCAGCCUGUCCCAAGGGGACAUCAUCUCAGCCAUCGACGGUGUUAGCACCGACGGGAUGACACACCUGGAGGCCCAGAACAAGAUCAAGUGUGCCGUCCACAAACUGUCACUCACCAUGCUGAAAUCUAGACGUACAGCACUACUUCCCACAGGAACUCCAAGAAUGGAUUCACCCAUGCCCAUCAUCCCCCACCAGAAGGUCAUCGCCAACACAGCUGCAACUGUGGAGUACACUCCCAGCUUCAACCCCAUCGCUCUGAAAGACUCUGCCCUGUCUACCCACAAGCCCAUUGAGGUGAAGGGCCCGGGAGGAAAGGCCACCAUUAUUCACGCCCAAUACAACACACCAAUCAGCAUGUACUCACAGGACGCCAUCAUGGACGCCAUUGCAGGGCAGUCGCAGGCCAAGGGGCACGACAGUGAGGAGGCCGGCUCUCCCUUGGCUGGAGCUCUGCCCGUCAAGGACCCUGUGGUAGACUGUGCAUCUCCAGUUUACCAGGCAGUGAUCAGGCCAGGAGAAUCACUCACGGAUAUGUCUGAAUGGGCUCGUCGUGCUGCCAACCUGCAGUCCAAGAGCUUCAGGAUCCUGGCCCACAUCACUGGCACUGAAUACCUGCAAGACCCAGAUGAGGAAGCCCUGCAGAAGUCGAGGGAGAGGUUUGAGUCCGAGGUGAAAGGGCCCCGCUUUGCUAAGCUGAAGAACUGGCACCAGGGACUGUCUUCACAGAUCCUCAACGUCACGGAGUAAAGAGCGGGAGAAAAAGCUAUAAAAGGAACAUAUAAAGGAGGAAAUGGACAAAAGCACUGGAGUUAACAAGAGGAGGGGUAAAUUAUGGAGGGAAAAAGGAGCAGGAGGAGGAAACUCCUCAGAAAUGUGAGAUAGUGUUUUAGUCUAGAUUAGUAGAAUGUGAGAUACUAACUGUUAGCGUAAGAAUGCUAGAGUUCAAUAGCUCAGAAUUACCUGUCAAAUGUAUCUGUCUGCUGCUAAGACCUAAUAAUGCCCUUGGGUGUUUCUUUCUUUCUUUCUCUGUUUGUUUGGGUUCUGUCUCUCUUAAAUUAAAGGGAAAUUGUACAAAAAUGUUAAUUAUUCAAGUUGGGAUGCAGAACUGACGACUUUUCUUUUACGCCCUACAUGUAGUAUAUAGCACAUGAACCUCAUUUAAAAACAUGAGUUUUUGACAGUACACGCAUGCUUGUGAGAAGGCACUGGAAGACAUACACACAUAGAGAUUUACCUUCAUGCACAAAUACAGUAUGUAAUAAAAAUGCACUCAAAAAUGUACUGAUAUCAAUGUGAAUAAAUGUUUUCUUUAAACCAGA